GGAAAAGCGUGAUUGCGAACAGGCUUCUUGUUCUCCAAGACGCUUUCCCUCCUACACAGAAAAGGAAAACAUGAUCGGAAGGCAAAAUCAAAUACAGAUCUGACUGACAAAUCAGGAGAUAAUCGAUAUCUCUUUGCGUAAAUAUUCAGUAGAGAGCAAAAAUGGAAUCCGUGUUUGGACUGGUCGGCAAAGAUUUCGGCAUAGUGGCGGCGGACACAUCGGCAGUCCACAGCAUCCUCGUUCACAAGACUAACGAGGAUAAGAUCAUGGUGCUAGAUUCUCACAAGCUCAUGGGAGCCUCCGGAGAGACCGGCGACCGGGCUCAGUUUACAGAGUACAUACAGAAGAAUGUAUCCUUGUACCAAUUUCGUAAUGGCAUUCCUUUGACGACUGCAGCUGCUGCAAACUUCACCAGAGGCGAGCUUGCCACAGCCUUGCGAAAGAAUCCAUACAUGGUGAAUAUCAUUCUGGCUGGAUAUGAUAAGGAGACAGGACCUUCUCUCUACUUCAUCGACUAUAUUGCAUCCCUUCACAAGCUUGAUAAAGCAGCAUUUGGUUAUGGAUCCUACUUUGCCCUCUCCAUGAUGGAUAGGCACUACCGUCGUGACAUGACAGUUGAAGAGGCCAUUGAGUUGGUCGAUAAGUGCAUAAUGGAAAUAAGGAGUAGGCUGGUCAUAGCCCCUCCAAACUUUUUAAUCAAAAUUGUUGACAAGGACGGGGCGAGAGAAUUCGCGUGGCGUGAGUCUAUCAAGGAUGCCCCUGUUUCUACCGCAGCAUGAUGCUCUUUACUUGUUUAUUGCUGCUGAAAAUUGCAAUAGACUGUGUUUACAUCUCCAUAUACUGGAAAUGCUUUGUUCUUGCAGUUUGGGGAAAUGUAUGUGCGCUUAAUGAACUGUGAAUGUGAGAUGUCCUCCUUGCUGAGAGUAUGCUUCAGUUUGUUUAUCA